UUUCGCUGUUCGUUGUUGGAGGCAGAUUUUCUAGCUGUAAUUAGCCGGUUAGUCCUGUACUCUGUGUGUGCUCUUCUGUAUAGUGCAGGCGGAACAGGUGACGGUGGCAACGACGGUGGAAUUUUCGUAGGUCAGUCCGUUAUAGGGGUCGACCGGAAAAGUGGCGGAUAUGCUUCAGGAUGCUCGUGUCGCGUGCUAAUUUUUUAUUCUAACCGAGAGCGAUUCGAAUCGAGUUUUUAAUUCACUCUGCUCAGAUAUGUACGUUUUGGAGAAUUUUCGGGCUAAAAGUGCAUGUGUGUUGAAGAUAGUUUCUCGAGGAGCUGAAAAGGUGGAAGCAAUAAGCUCGAAAGUAUCUCACCGAUUUGAAAGCUUUCCAGUGUGUAGUGUGCUGGAAUGCUUCUUCGAGUGCUAAGAUAUACGGAAGGCGUUAAAGAUGCAUGCCACGGCACAGUAAACCCCAAUCUACCACAUAGAAACAUGUACGUAUUCUUCGGUUCCUGCCGGAGCAAGGCUAAUGAAUAAGUAAACGAGUCUGUCGGAUGUCAGCUUCCGUAGUAUAGCAUUUUCUGUGAAACCGUGUGUGCGGUUCAAGGAGGCUUGCAGAUACAGACCGGUGGUCCGACCGGAUUCAGACCGACCUGCCAUGAAGUUAUGUGUAAUGGCUAAACAUACAUCACAGAGAAUUCGAUUGUAAAGGUAUUUGCUUUCUGAGUGUUGUGUUUGCUGUUGAGCAUGUGCUAAAUAAGGGAUGAUUUUGAGGGAAAAAAUGGACCCAAAUUAGGAUCCGGCCCGGGGUGCCGUGUCGUCCCGAUCUAUAAACAUUAGAACGUGUGUUUAGGUAAAGAUUAGUUGCUCCCAGUUGAGUGAUUUUCGGGAUCCUAAGAAACCUUUUCCUGGAGUAAGGGGCCCAUGAAGUGCGAAAGUUUGCCGAUAAUAUAAGCACUUUUCCGUACCGCGCGGCAGAAUUUAUGUGCUGCAGUGGGGGGAGGGUAAGCAUUACAUAAUAGAAAGCGCAGGCAGUAGAUGAAAUGUCAUCAAUUUAAUCCAAAAGCACUACCGAUCAGCAGGCUAGUUUGCAGUGUGGAAUACUCGCAGUGGGGUGGUGGAGAAGUGCGAAAGAUAUAAUCCAUCAUGAAACGGUGAAGUGUUGAUGUAGCAGCGCUAGUGCAAGCCGAGCAGCUUGGGAAGAAAAAGUGGAAGCAAUUAAUUAAAAAAGUUAUAUUAAAACGAACGAUCGAGAGAACUAUAUAAAUAAUGAGUUUCGACUUUCCGGAUGGUGGUAAAUCGAGGCUCCGGGAUAUGUUUUGUGAAAAUUAAGUGCACAGGCCGCUGCAUUAAAAGUGGUGCAAUUCUAGCGCAACAAAUUGUUGGUUUUAUAAGUGUGCACUGGUAAAAUUAUUAUUGGAAUAAGCUAUGAUUCAUGUUUAAUGGAAAAAAAAACAGAGCGAACGGCUUCUCAGGUGAAGCGAUAAAUAUUUGUAGUGUGUUGCAGUGAACCUGAACCAAUUCACAGGAUAAAAACUCCGUCAUAUUUGUAAAAGAUUUCCGGACAGUGUUCGUCGGUAUCGGUGGAAGUGAAAGUGUGCGCCCGUGGAAGUUUAUGGUUUGUGUAACGAUGGUAGAUCCCAGGAGCGGUUGGCGCAUCAGUUUGAUCUACUGGGCGCUGCUCUUCAGUGCGAUACGAACACGAUACGGAACCGAUGCGUGGAAGCUGGAUAAUCGAAAUAUCCUAUACACUAAUCAGGAUAUCUCGUACGAAUGUCCCAUCAAUACUAUGUGUCGGUGUGCCAGCUUGCCGAACGAGACGGCCCUGCUGGAGAUCAACUGCAACGAAGUGUCGCUGUACAAGUUUCCAGAAUUUCUACACGGCACGAUAAAACACAUCGACAUGUCGCGCACGUUCAUCCACAACGUCGAUGACGAAACGUUCCAGGGGCUGCGGCUGGAGUCGCUGAAGCUGGUCGACAACAAGAUUCAGGACAUUUCCGAGAAGAGCUUCAAGUAAGUUGGAAAAAUAUAUAUUUUAC